AUGAACCAAGAUAAACAAUUACCCGUUAAAAAGUUUCUUUCCAGACAUAUUCCAAACCAAGUAGCAAAUUCAAGAAGGCUUUGUUAUAGACAUCGACCUGAUCUUGUUAAGAAAAGACAGCCUGAUGAUCUCCAUAUGGAAUCAGUGCAGAGACAAAUGGAAGAACUACCAACAGAAGACAAAGCAGCUAUUACACAUAUCUGGUCUUUGUUUUCUGCAGCACCUGCUGAUCAACGAUUACUCAUCUUACGAGGUGUUUUAGCGACUUGUUGUACACCUCAACUCUCUUUUCUGUAUGAUGCCAUUCAACCCUUGUUGCGGAUUGAUUUUUUGUCUAUCUUACCGCAUGAAAUAGCACUGCAAAUCUUUUUCUAUCUAGAUGCUAAAUCGCUCUGUCAUGCUGCUCAAGUAUCUCAUGCUUGGAAAUCAUUAGCAGACGAUGAUGCUUUAUGGCAUCGUAUGUGUGAACAGCACAUUGACAAGAAAUGCAACAAGUGUGGAUGGGGACUGCCUCUCUUAAACAAGAAACGAAAAGCAGCCACGAUGGAAACACCUUUACGGAUUGCCUGUGGGCCGAGUGAUCUACCUCGAACAGAACAUGUCAUGCCUACCAAGAAAAAGAAGAGCCAAAUUGACCAUGAGACAGCCACCAUGUUUGAAGACACUGUCUGUGCACCUCAACCUAUACGUAGACCAUGGAAAGAUGUCUAUUCAGAACGGUUGAUGGUAGAACGUAAUUGGCGAAACAACAAUUACCAUGCUAAAGUCCUGAGUGGUCACACAGAUGGUGUCAUGUGUGUCCAAGUGUGCGAUAGCAGUAAUAUCCUAAUGACGGGUUCGUAUGAUACUACUGUGCGUAUCUGGCACUUGGAGACAGGUGAAUUGAUCCGUACCCUUCAAGGACACACACGCUGUGUACGGGCAUUGCAGUUUGAUGAGGCCAAGUUAGUGACAGGUGCCAUGGACCAUACACUCAAGAUAUGGAAUUGGCAAACAGGCCAAUGCAUUCGUACAUUAGAAGGUCACACAGGAGGUGUAUUAAGCUUGCAUUUCAAUUCAAGAUUGAUGGCUAGUGGAUCUACAGACCACACGAUUCGCGUCUGGAACUUUUCUGCAGGUGAAUGUUGUACGCUGACAGGUCAUACUGAAUGGGUCAAUUCUGUUCAGUUCUGUCAAGAGGGAACCGUGCUGAUCUCUUCCAGUGAUGAUGCGACCAUUCGUAUCUGGGAUGUUCAGAAGCGUGUCUGUUUGCGUACCCUGAAUGGCCAUGUGGGCCAAGUGCAGCUGGCCAUACCGAGUCCUAAAGGGUUCCAGCAUCGAUUGACAGGCCAAGAAGAAAGAACAGAAAGUGUGUAUGAUACUCAUCGUCUGUUUGAACCAGGCUGUGCCACUACUACCCGACCCAGCAAGAAGACUGAAGCCAAGAUAGAUCAAGCCAGACGUCUUUCUGAAGACCCGAUUGUGAUCUCUGGAUCAUUGGACAACACACUCAAGUUAUGGGACAUGAACACAGGCAGUUGUAUUCGGACCCUGUUUGGCCAUGUGGAGGGUGUCUGGAGUUUAGCGUAUGACACGUUACGUAUUGUUUCAGGGUCUCACGAUAAAACAGUGCGUGUGUGGGACCUGGGUAGUGGUCGAUGUAUGCAUGCAUUAGAAGGUCACAGUGGGCCUGUCACGGCAGUUGCGCUAAGUGAUACAAAAAUCGUAUCGACCUCGGACGAUGGAGAUAUUCGCAUAUGGGAUUAUGGUGUAAAAUAA